AUGACAACUGACAAAGUUUGUGGCUGUAAUGUUGUUACCUCUGCUGGCGUAGUCACCAGCUUACAGCUAAUCGUUCUACUUCUGACUCUUUCAAGUACCGGUCUGAUUCUUGAUCGGUAUAGAACAUGGCAGACUUCGUAUCCACAAACUCAAUAUAAUGCUACUGCUCAAGCAGCUGCUAAUGGUACAUUGAAGUUCAAUGCAACUAUUUGGAGCGAGACAUGGGUUGAAUUGGGAAUGGCUUGGUACGUUGGCUUCGGAGCGUUCUGGCUCUUCUCCAUUCUCAUUCUGGUCCUCUCCUUCAAAUACUAUCGUCCCGUAUUUGUGGUUCCUAAUUUCACUGCUCUUGUCGUUGGGAUAUUCAUGAAUCUUCUCGCAUUCGGAGUUCUUCUCGCUCGUAUUCUUACGGUUUCCAAGGAUUACCGAACUGAUGAGUACCAAGAAGUAAUCAUCAUUUAUGUCAUGGGACUGUGUCUUUUUGCCUGUAUUUGCUGCUUGCUCUUCAUUAUUUUCAUUUCAAAGUACCACACAUUCCUCAGAAACCGAUAUGGCCACCAGGUACCAAAGUUCAUACAAUCCCGAGCAAGAACUGGGUACCACGAUGAAGCCUACUGA